AUGUCCUGGUUGCUGCUGAGUUUCUGGACGUUUGUGCACCAAAGCGCAGGGCUUCUAUCGCUUGGCUGGGCAGUGGAAGCAACGCCAUGCACACCAGAGGAGAUCCUACGAGCUCUGGACUGCUUCCGGUGGGUGCGGCCCAACAGUCCAAUCACAGCUCUUUGGUACAUGUGCGAGUACCCCAGCCCAAGAAGUCUCAAGCUUCACAACAUCAGUGCCACAGCAAAGCCUGCCACGACGAGUCUUUGCUGCAGAUGCUUUGCCAAGUUUGCUUUGAUCCAGCGCCAGCUCGCACAGGAGUCUGCAAGACUGAAAGCCCAACUGAUGCUCCAGACUGACACAGUUAGAAAUCUUACUGUGCAACUUCGCGUUCCCCUGAUCUUCCGAAGCCCAGCAAGAUAUGACGAUGUGCGUCGUGCUUCGAUACUCUUUAAGGGAGUCUUCGGAAAGUUUCUGCGAGAUGCAUGGGUAUUGUCCACUUCACUACUGGCGCUGGUGGGAGAUGGUGGUGCAGACUCAUUCGACAUACGUACUCUUGAGGAUCUGGUUGCCGACACCUUGAUUCUUGUUCGCGACAGAGCGAUUGCAUUGCGGAAGCUGCUGCUGCAGACUGAGAACAGCUGUUUACCCAACAUUUUCCACCAAACCUGCACCGCAGAUCAUCUUGCGGUGUUCCACAGCUUUCCUCCUGUUGAAGGACCUGAACCCGAGGGCCAUGCAGUGGAUUUCUUAGGCUGCCGUCUGCAAAAUCGCUAUUCACUGUUUAAGAUCGGUCGUGACGGAGGCAUUUCGACGAACAUCACCACGGUGUGUGACGAUCAGAUGCCUGCCCUUCUGGCACCGACUAGGACUUUGGAUUGCAUUUUUCGCAGAAUGGCGCUGCCCAGAACCGAAGCUGCACUUUGCUCUGCAUUCAAGGAGUGGAAGGACAUCCUCGAAACAUCGCUUCGUGGAGCGCGUGAGGGUCGCAACCUGCGCAUGGCCGAGAUUGGGUCCGGCCCUCAUGCAAUCUGGGCAAUGCGUGCUGCGAAAGCCUUUUUGCAACACGCAGGGCCCGAAGUGGGCUGCGAACUUCUCCUUGUGGAGCCAUUCGACCUAGGAGAUGGAUCUCAACUUGGUGAGCACAUUGCUCGGAACUUGCCGGAGCUUUGCCCGCACUCAGAAGCGCAAGAGGGUCGGUGCAAGUGGGUGGUGGAGACAGACCCUGUGGAAUCUGGCAAGCAGCUGCAGGCAAUUCUGGGAUCUGGUGACCCCUGGGAUCUCGUUGAUAUCGACGUGCAAGGGGCAGAGCAUGCUAUGCUGCAGGGCAUGGCGCCCUGGCUUGUGGGCCGAGCGCGUCGUCUCCAUAUCUCUACGCAUUCACGCCGGAUUCACAGCGACAUCCUUCGAUGGCUGCAGCUUGCCGGCUGGACGAUCCUUGCUCAAUUUACCUUCCUGUCUGCGGCCGGGCCCAAGGAAGUGCCACUUGGGCCCUUCGUGAACUGUGAUGGGCACAUCAGCGCAGAUCGCACCCUCGAGCUGAUUGCUGAUCCGCAGAACUCGGGGUCUGUAUUUCAGGUGGCAUCCCUGUACAACUGUCUGCAGAUGCAGGAACCAGGAGAUUCCCCGGAGGACGGCGUAACUUGCUAUGCCGAGACUACGACUCAGGGUUCAGUUUGUGCAAUAGCCUGUCCAGCUGCCACCGUUUUCCGAAACUACUUCCUGAAUGGCGUUGGGCAAGGGCGUGGUCAGCAGAUGGACCUGCUCACGCACGUCGGUGAUCUGGUUGGUAAUCGCAAAGAAGGAUAUUGGGUCGUGAGGAAUGGCUUCAUGAUGCCCAGGCCUGGUGGCAAGCUCAUAGAUCUCGGUGAGAGGCUUGCCAGUGAUCAAAUUCUGGCAGAUGAUGUGGCCAGUCGAGUUCGAGUAGGGGUUCACUGGGACACACAGGUGCUGCUAGACGACAUUUCUCACAACGUUUGUCAGGUGUGUUGUUCUGCGCCUGCCGUUGCGUUUUCCAAGAUUGUGAAGGCACAGCACUGGGCGCCAUUUGCCAUCAGUUUGCUAACUGGUGCAUAUGAUGCCACGCUGGCCGCAGGUGCAAUCCUGGCGGCCCGGCGGCGGCAACGCGUCAAAGUCUUUCUCACUGCGAUCGGAGCUGGAGCUCUAGGCAAUCGACCGAGCUGGAUCUACCAGGCUGUUGACAGAGUGUUGGAAGCGUAUAAGUCCGCUCCUUUGGAUGUGUACUUGAUCCACUUUUCCCGAACAGACAAGUUUGAGAGGCUGCAGGGUAGCCGGCCAGAACCAGUUCCACGGAAUCGCAGCUCGCUGGACGAGAGGGUUGCUGCAAUGCAGAAAGAGGUCGGAGAGGCCAACAUGCUGCACAAGACGCAGCGCUAUCCCAUGCGCGGCUCUCGAAGUGGCGUCGGGCAAGUACAGCCUGCUCGGUGUUUGAAACGAGCUGUCCUGCAAGAAAACAUGAAGCCAUUCUCGAGAUGUCUUGAGAUGAUAUCGCGGUGGGUAACAGUCGGUAUUGGCGGGCUCGGCAGAUGCUCGAGAGCCGCGCUGUCGUAG